AUAUUAUCAGAUGCGACACAGCCUCUUGAAAGUCAAAAUUUUUCUCCUGUGGUGAGAGAUGCAGUGAUUACAUCCAACGGUACAUUACCUGAUAAAUAUAAAUAUAUCCAGAAACUCCGGGAAAGCAGAGAACGUGCUCAGUCACUUUCGAUGGGCACCAGGAAAAAGGUUUUGGUUCUUGGAUCUGGCUAUGUAUCUGAGCCCGUACUAGAAUAUUUAUCAAGAGAUGACAAUAUAGAAAUAACAGUAGGCUCUGACAUGAGGAAUCAAAUUGAACAGUUAAGGAAGAAAUAUAAUAUCAAUCCUGUUAGCAUAGACAUUUGUAAACAAGAAGAGAAGCUGGGCUUCUUGGUGGAAAAACAGGAUCUUGUUAUCAGCUUGUUGCCGUAUGUAUUGCACCCUCUUGUGGCGAAGGCUUGCAUCACAAACAAAGUUAACAUGAUCACUGCAAGCUACAUCACACCAGCAUUAAAAGAAUUGGAAAAAAGUGUGGAAGAUGCUGGCAUCACAGUUAUUGCUGAAUUGGGAUUGGACCCUGGUCUGGAUCACAUGUUAGCAAUGGAAACAAUAGAUAAAGCCAAGGAAGUGGGAGCCACGAUUGAAUCAUAUAUUUCCUACUGUGGUGGACUUCCUACCCCUGAACAUUCAAACAAUCCACUGAGAUAUAAAUUUAGCUGGAGUCCAGUGGGAGUUUUGAUGAACGUAAUGCAGCCUGCCACCUAUCUGCUCAAUGGAAAGGUUGUGAAUGUUGCAGGGGGCAUCUCCUUUCUUGAUGCCGUGACGUCCAUGGAUUUUUUCCCAGGAUUAAAUUUGGAAGGCUAUCCUAACAGAGACAGUACGAAAUAUGCUGAGAUUUAUGGCAUUUCUUCUGCUCACACUUUGUUGCGGGGGACACUGAGAUACAAGGGAUAUAUGAAAGCUUUGAAUGGAUUUGUAAAAUUAGGUCUUAUAAACAGAGAAGCGUUUCCUGCCUUUAGACCUGAGGCCAACCCUCUCAGCUGGAAAGAACUCCUGUGUGACCUAGUUGGGAUUUCACCCUCCUCUGAACACAACGUGUUGAAGGGUGCUGUUCUUAAGAAACUAGGAGGAGACAAUACCCAGCUGGAGGCUGCCGAAUGGUUGGGCUUACUUGGGGAUGAACAGGUCCCUCAGGCGGAGUCCAUUGUGGAUGCCCUCUCCAAGCAUUUGGUCAUGAAGCUUUCCUAUGGCCCUGAAGAAAAAGAUAUGAUUGUGAUGAGAGACAGCUUCGGAAUCAGACAUCCUUCUGGACAUUUAGAAAAUAAAACGAUUGAUCUUGUGGUUUAUGGGGACAUCAAUGGCUUUUCAGCCAUGGCUAAAACUGUGGGGUUACCCACCGCCAUGGCAGCCAAAAUGUUGCUUGAUGGUAAGUCUGUUCAUUUGAGGACUGAGUCUGUCUCCAUAUCACCCCAAGUCAUUUGGUGUGGGGACAUCAAGUCGUUGCUCUUGAGCAUAACACAGGCAUUCACUAAAAGUGAGCCGUCUUAGAAGAUGGAAGUGCUGACUGCCUGGGAGGUCCCCUUGUGGUGAGUAAAGCAUGUGGCCUUUGGAGAUAGACCUGAUUUCCACCCUAGCUGAAUUGCAAGGUGGCUGCAUGAUGGGCUGCAAGUUACUCAGCACCUCUAAGAGUUUCCUUUUCUUUAAAGCGGGUAUUGCCAUCCCUAUUUCAUAGAGCUGUGUGACACUUAACUGAUAUAAUACAUAAAGCUGCUACCAUAUAGAUGGUCCCCAGGUAAUGGCAACUUCCUUCCUUUCUUUCCUUUUUUUUGGUCAUGUUGAGAGUGGUAACUCUAAAAAAAGAUAUUCACCCCAGAUUCUCAAGAAUGUAGGUUAAGUUUUACUGUCUUUGUAUCUCAGCAUAUUAUUAAUACUCAAUAAAUAUUUUAGACUAAAGGAAUACAAAUUUCAAUUCUCCACUCGCACUAGAAGAUCACAUAGACAUUCAAUAAGCAUUGCCUCUGUUUGGCCCUUGAGAAAGAAUGAAGGAAGUAGAAAAUGUCAAAGCAUAUAAAUGUGAAAUGAUGAGAAAACAUGUAUAAUAGCAUAUCAGCUAAUGUCAAAUUAAAUGACCAACUUAGUUAUUGAGGAAUCAGCGAAGAAGUAAGUGACAAAAGUUGGGAUUAUUGUGUCCUCUAAUGAGAGUGCCCAGGUUCUGUGUUUCAGCCAUACUAACAGGUACCUGUGCCCAUAUAAUCAAACUUGUUAUAACUUAUUCUGUUGGUGUCUUGACUUUUUUUAAAAAAUGACAUUAGCAAGUUAAGCUGACCAAUCAGAUUUACUUUACUUCUUACUUUAUUCUCUGAUUGUCUUGGUAGUAAUUAGUGCAGGUAAGUGUACAAAUUCCUACAGUAUCUCUAGGUCCAGCUGUUCUUUCAAUCUAAAAUUGACUCCUUUUCCUUACAAAGUGUUGACUAAGUAAUAAUUUACUAAGGGACAUUUAAGCAGCUACUUAAAAAAUGCCUAGGCCUCCAAGAAUUCAUUGACUCUGAGUUUGCUUCUAGGGUGACACCUUCUUUGUGGAGACUCAUGUAUGUAUGUGUCUUUGCCAAAAUGCUAUUUUAUGCCCUUUUUGUAAAGUUACAAUUUAUUUAGUAAAUGUAGUUCCUUAUACUUUUCUCUUGAGUGUUUGGAAAUGAGAAUAGAUAACACUGAAUCACAGUUUACAAGAUCACCUCAUUAGGCACAGAAAAAGUGUUUAACAAAAUACAACACCCUUUCACAAUAAUAACAAAACAAAACAAAACAAAAUGAAACACCUCAAUAAACUAGGAAUAGAGGAAAACUUCCUCAACCUGAUAAAGAACAUCUAUGAAAAACCCACAGCUAGCAUCAUACUUAAUGGUGAAAGAUUGGAUUAUUGCCCCCUGAGAUCAGAAGUAAGACAAGGAUGUCUGUGUUGCCCAUUUCUAUUCAACUUGUACUGGAUAGUCAAGAAGGGGCAAGUAGACAAGAAAAUGACACAAAAGACAUCAAGAUUGGAAAGGAAGAAGUGUAAAUAAGUAGAGAUGGGAGAUGAUAUGGUGAUUUUAUGCAUAUGAAUCCAAAGGAAAUCUGUAGAAAAUCCAAAGACAUGAUCUACAAAAACAAAACAUUAGAAAUAAUGAAUAAAUUCAUUACUUCUAAUGAAUUUAUUCAUUAGAAAUAAUGCAAAUUCACAGGAUGCAGGAUUAAAUAUACAGAAAUUGGUUAUCUUUUGAUACAGUAUCAAGGAAUAAAUAAAAAAUGAUAUUAAGAAAACAAUUUAAUUUUCAACAGUAGCAAAGCUUGGUAGCUCGUGCCUAUAGUUCCAACCCUUUAGAAGUUUGAGGCAGAAAGGCUAGGGGUGAGGAGACCAGCCUGGGAAACAGUGAGAUCCCAUCUCUACAAAAACAAACAAACAAACAAACAGCUGACUGUGAUGACAUGCAUCUGUGGUCUCAGCUACUCAGGAGACUGAGGUGAAAGGAUGGCUUGAACCCCAAAAUUCUGGGCUGCAAUGAGCUGUAACUGGAUCACUGCAAUCCAGCCUGGAUGACAGAGUUAGACCCAGACUAAAAAAAAAAGAAAAAAAAAAGAAGGUCUAGAAAUAGUCCUCACAUUUAUGGUGAACUGACUUUUGAAAAUAGUGCUAGGACAGUUCAGUGAUAUUCUUUUUCAUUGAAUGGUACUUGGAAUUGUUGAUAUCCAUAUGCAAAAUAUUGAAAUUGGACUCCUACCUCAUAUUGCAUAUAAAAUUAACUCAAAGUUGACUUUAGAUCUAAAUGUAAGAGCUAAUGCUAUAAAUAUCUAAGAAGAAAACAUGGCAUAAAUUUUCCUGACUUUGAAUUAGGCAAUGAUUUCUUAAAUAAAUGACACUAAAAUCACAAGCAACAAAAGAAGAAAAUAGGUAAAUGUGACAUCAUCAAAAUUAAAAACAUUUGUGUUUCCAAGGACACUAUCAAGAAAGCAAAAAUACAACUCACAGAAAGAAAUUUUUUAAAAUCAUGUAUUAGUUAAUGGAGGAAUUUGUAUUUAGAAUAUAUAAAGAACUGUUGCAAUAACAGUUAAAGGCAUAUAAUUUGAUUUUUAAAAAUUGACAAAAGAUCUGAAUUUACAGUUCUCCAAAGAAGAUAUACAAAAGGCCAAUAAGCACAUGUAAAGAUUCUCAACUUCAUUUUCCAUCAAGGAAAUGCAAAUAAGAUCUCCAAUGAAAUAUCACUUUAUACUUACCAGAAUAGUUAUGUAGUUAAAGAGAUAAUAUCAAGUGUUGGUAAGGAUGCAGAUAAAUUGGAACCCUCGUACACUGUUGGUGGAUACUCAAGAAAUAUAAAAACAAAUGUCUACACAAAAACUUGUGCACAGAUGUUCUUUGCAGAAUUAUUCAUAAUAACCCAAAAUUGAAACAGCCCUAAUUUCCAUCAACUAAUAAAUGAAUAAACAAAAUGUGGCAUAUCCAUACAAGGAAUAUUAUUCAGCAAUAAAACAUGAGAUGAAGUACUGAUGUGCACCACAACAUAGACAAACCUUGAAAAGAUGCCAAGUGAAGAAUGCCAGACUCGAAAGGCCACAUAUUAUAUGAUUUCAUUUAUAUGAAAUGUCCAGAACAGGCAAAUGUAUAUAGAGAGAAGGUAGAUUAGUGGUUCGUUAGGUUGAGGGGUUGGAGAGGAAAAUGGAGUGACUGCUGAUUAGUAUGGGGUUUCUUUUUGGGGUGAUGUAAACGUUGUAGAAUUGAUUGUAGUGACGGUGGCACAACUCUGAAUGUACUAAAAACUACGAAUUGUAUACUUUGAAUGUUUGAACUGUGUGGUAUGUGGAUUUUAUCUCAAGUUGUUAUAAAAGAAUUAUAAAUAC